AUGGGGAAGAGAAAGAAUCCCGAGCCCGAUUCUCCCCUCGAUUCUCUCCCCGAUUCUCUCCCUGAUUCUCCCCCCAAUCCUCCCUCCGAUUCUCCCCCCGAUCCCACCCCCGAUCCCACCGAUCACGCCGAGUCCAGUUCCGCGCCGGCGAAGAGACCGAAGACCGAGCCCAAGAAGCUCAAGGAUAUACCAACAACUAAGGCGAACUGGCAGACAGAGGCAACCUCCCUUGGCGUCGAAUCCACGUCCAUCAACAAGAUGGGAGCCCUCUGCUCCGGGUCAACUGUCACAGCGGACCAGUUUCUCGCUUUUCGGGUCAUUUGGCCGCCCACAAAAAAGGCUACGGAAUUGGAUAUCCCCAACAAAGAAAGGGCAAGGCAGAUUCUGGGCGAGUUAGAGCCCUAUUUCGACAACUAUACCCGUCAUAUCGACACCCUGAGAUCUUCUUCGCCUCCGAUCCAAUUGGGCCCCUUCCAACUAGUCCUGAGUUCGCAGCAGAUGGUCGAAAACAAGGUUCCGGCCGAGUCAACGCCCCCUUAUGGACUUAGAGUUCGAUGGAAUACCAAGAAUAUGCGGCAUGACACCCCAUUGUCACACUUUAGCGACAUCACUGCGGCCGCAAACAGCGAGAAUCCCCACAAAGACUUCGCACCGACCAAGGACGAACAGAUCGUCAAUGAAUCCCUAGUAAUGCUCCUCUCGGCCCUGGCGUUGAACACACCUGGUAUACCGUGUCUUUGGAACUCCACACGGAUCGGUUUCCGGGUCGAUUUCGAAACCGCGAGCAUGGAAGCCCGAACAGACGGCUACUUAGGGCUGCGCGGAGGAAGCAAUGAAGAGGAAACGUUUGCCAUUCUAGAGGCUAAAUCCCGUGUCCGUACGCGCAAGGCGGAUGAACAUUCAAUUUAUUUCCAAGAAUCCGCCGAGUUGGUUUGCUGGAUCAAACAUGACCAGAAGGAGUCACGAAAAUACGGUCUGCCAGCCUUGAAGACCGGUUAUCACAGUCGACUACUCAUAGCCCAGGACAGGCAUGAGAUCUACGUCGUUAUUGCCACAUACGACGAUACCUACAUACAGUAUCUCAAUGGAGAGGAAGUCCCAUCCUCAUGUUUCAUGACUAUGCAAGAAUAUGGUCCCUUCAAUACAAUGUUCGGCAACAAUAUGAGACGCUUCGCAGAGUUCGCUAUAGGGUUCUCUCUUGCAAUCGAAGCUGACCCACUCCCACAAGAACCUAUUCGAACGUCCGGUCGACUAGAAAGUGACCAUGAGUCUGAGUAA